AUGGGAAAGUUUCAGCAAAGCAAUCUGGGGUCGGUUAUUCUUGACCACCAUCCUACCACCGCUGCUGGCGGAAAUUUCAGGCUAUGGUCAUCAUGCCGUCGCAAAAUCAUUAACACAAUGAGAUGUGGAGGAGGAGGAGGCGGUUAUCGCCACCGUCACACUGCUAAGUCUCCGGUGGUGGAGAAGCCGAAGGAGGAGGAGGAGAAGAGAUCCGAAUGCAGAUCUGAUGUGAUUCAGAACCAGAGGAACCGUAAGAGUAAAAAGUCUGAGAAGCUUUCGGAGCUGCUAAGAAUGUCAGACUCGUGGUCGUCUGAGGAGGAGGAUGUGAAGAAGAAGGUGGAGGUGUUGGAGGAGUUGAAGCGGGUGGUGAAAGGGUUGCAGUGCGGCGGAGACGCGGAGGUUUUGGGUGGCGCAAGGGAAGUGAGAAGGUUAGCCAAGGAAGAUUUAGAUGCCAGAACAACUUUAGCCUUGCUCGGAGCAAUCCCGCCGUUGGUCGCCAUGCUUGAUUCCGACGAUCUCGAUUCCCAAAUCGCCGCCCUCUACGCCCUUCUCAAUCUCGGAAUCGGCAAUGACCCGAACAAAGCUGCCAUUGUUAAAGCAGGAGCAGUACACAAGAUGCUUGAUCUAAUUGAACCUCCAAACGACGGUUUGCCUAACCCCGAUGUCUAUGCUGCAAUCGUUGCAAAUUUUCUUGGGUUAACCGCACUCGAUUCGAACAAAACCAUCAUCGGAUCAUCAGGAGCCAUCUCGUUCUUGAUCAAAAUCCUCAAGAACUCCUCUAAAAGUAACAUCGAUUCACAAGUGGUUCAAGAUUGCUUGCGGGCACUCUACAACUUAUCGAUCUUGCCAUCCAACGUUUCCCCAAUGAUUGAGAUCGAUGAUUUUGUGCCGUUUCUUUUGACCACAUUGGGAGAUAUGGAAGUGAGUGAUAGAAUCCUCUCCAUCUUGAGCAACGUGGUGUCGACCCCUGAGGGUCGGAAGGCGGUGAGCGCUGUUCAUGAUUCGUUUCAAAUCUUGGUAGAUAUUUUAAGUUGGACAGAUUCUCCAAAUUGUCAAGAAAAAGCAACUUACAUUUUGAUGGUGAUGGCUCAUCGAUCAUAUAGAGAUCGACAAGCCAUGAUCGAGUCCGGGGUUACAUCUUCCCUCCUCGAACUAACACUCCUAGGUAGCACCUUAGCGCAAAAGCGAGCUUCUCGGAUUUUGGAGAUUAUAAGGAUCGAUAAAGGGAAACAAGUCUCUGAAACUUUCGGAGGCGGCAGCAUAGGGUCGAACGUUUCGGCGCCCUUAUACGGGUCCGUUGAUCCCAUAUUAACGGACCCCUCAGAGGACGAUAGAAUGAUGAGUGACGAAAAUAAAGCCGUGAAACACUUGGUUCAACAAAGCUUGCAUAGCAACAUGAGGCGGAUCGUGAAGCGAGCGAAUUUGCCGCAAGAUUUCGUACCAUCGGAGCGUUUCAAAUCACUCACAUCUAUGUCCACUUCUAAGAGUUUGCCAUUUUGAGACGAAGAUUACCAUCUCCACGGAAAUAACCGCUCUAUCUUUUGGGUACAACUGCUUUCGAGUGGGAUAUACUGUGUAUUUUGGUAAAGUUGAAGAUGGUAUCAUCAUAAGUGAGUGUUUUUCUACCUCAUUAUUAGAUUAAACAUGUGCUUAAUUAUGUGGUGUCUUUUGUUGUUGUUGUUGGUCUUAGAAUACUACUACAUAUUUGGUAGAAAAAUAGAAUCUUUAGUGUACCAUUUUUGUCUAGUCACUUUGUACCUAUGUUCUCUUAGAUUUCAAGAUGUUACAGGUGUAUUUAUACCUGAACCCCUGAUGUUUUUCAUGGGUUCACGUUUAAUUACACCUAAAACAUCUUGUAACGAGUUAUAGUUUAAAGGAUUUUAGUAAGCUA